CAUGUAAAACCGAUUGUUUGCUGUGUAAGGCCCCUUGUUGCAAAAACGUGGUCCGUCUUAAUUGGACGAUUGUGCGCUAACAAACAGCAUUAUUCGAUCAGACGAAAGUGCCCAAGUGUUGGCGGUGGAUGCUGUUGACUAGCUGUUUCCCCUAGUAUAACAGUUUAAUAUUAGAGACAGUUAUGCGCUGUGAAAAUUCUCUUGAGAAACAAACAAAAGACUCUGUUUGAAAAUAUAUAGUAGCUAGUAAUUUUACUUUAUAUUUAUAUAUUUACCUCAAUAUGUGCAUGCUCUUUACGUCCUACCGGCAACCUUUACAAAUUGACGUACGUGACUGAUUUUUGGGGUUUCGGAGGGCGUUCAAUAAGAAGUUUUGCUAUAAUUUCAACGAGGCAUCGUAAUUAGUGUAACUUGUAAGGUAGUCUUAUUCUUUUUACAAUAGAUAUAAAAUGUCUGAAAUUAAACCAGGACCUAAACGUGAAGGAACGCUGAAAGUGAUAAGUAAGGAAGACAGCACAGCAACUAACAAGAAUGAUCAAGUAUUAGCAGAUGGGAAUGGCACUGUGGAUGGUCCAGCAGCCAAGAAAACCAAGUUGGUGAAAGAUCACACAAUGGCAGAAACUGCUGCUGCAGGAAAACAAUUCUUAGGAAAAGAAGUUUUGGAAGAGUCAAGAUCACUAACCCGAGCUAUCCGUGACACUGCAAAGGUUACAAUUAAGAGACUGGAUACAAUGACCAUAACAGCUAAAGAAGGAGAGGCCUUGUUGAAAAAUUUAAGUCAUCCAAAGGAAAGCAGUAGUACAGGAAAACGAAAGACCAGAUCACAGACCCGUGGGGGUGAUCAGCAGUCACCAUCAUCUGAGAGUAAAAAACUCAAAAAAGAGACAACCAAACCAAAUGAAAAGGGCAAAUCUGAUAAAGAGGAUGAUGAGGAUAUACCGGAUAGCAAGGAAGGUGAAACUGAAACAAAGAAAAAAUUUGCUAAGUUACUCAAAAGGCAGCAAACUUGUUGACUUUGCUGAAACAGAACAUUGCAGUUAAAUUUAAUUGUAAACUUUGUAACUGCAAAAACAACAAAAUCUUCAUUGUAGUAGCAAACAUCAGAAGUGUUUUGGAAAUAAACAGUAGUUAUUUGUGUUUUUUAAUUAUAAGCAAGCAUAUGCUCAGAUUGCAAGCAUCAGAAGUGGUUUUGAAAUAAACAGUAGUUAUUUGUGUUUUUUAAUUAUAAGCAUGCAUAUGCUAAGAUUGCUUUUGUAUAUGUAUAUCUUUGGUUGGCACAGUUUUCAAAUUACAGUGCUACACAGAGGCAUAUAGGGAAUGUUGCCCACUGUUGUGGUACCUUCCACAUGUUUCUAUCAGUUUUUUUUUUGUAGAUUUUACUUCUUUUUUCAAGGUCAAAAUUUUAA